CGUUAUCACUCCGUGUCGAGGCGUUAUAGUGGACGCGCGUGCCGAGUUACAACUAACUAGUUCGUGAUUUCAAUUUUAAAAUAAGAAUAAACAGUUUUUUUUAUAAUAAAUACUCGUUUUUGUUGGAAUUUUAAGUGUAUAAGUGGCAAGUUGACCGUUCUUUUUUGGCGCAGCUUUACGUAGGAGUUUAUAAAACACAGGAAGAAUGGCGCGCUUCAAUACAGUAUUCGUCGGGGCCGAAGGACGUUCUAGUCAUAGAUUAAGCUACUGUCUGAUUGCCAUGAUUCUCUUAGGAUUACCAUUAGCUCAGUGCCAACUCGAAAAGUUGUAUGUCGAUGAGACGGAUAUGCAUCUACUUGUGGAUGAAACGCAUCUAUUCAAAUUAAUUCAAAUUGGCGAAUACAAUACAACACUCCAAGUUGCCUCUCAGAUCCAACACGCUGAUAUAGUCCAAUUUGUCCCACCCGUUGUCGACAUGCCUGGGUUUGAUAAGCCGGAUCCUACGAUGAAGCACACCUAUGAUAUAUGCGCGUAUGGCAAAAGUCCGGGACAUUCCGAAGUCACGUUUAACGUCACGCCCGCUGGCUUUGUGAAUCUGGAUACAGUCUUUCUCCGCGUCACAGUAAUGCACUCGAAUGCGAUAUACGUCAUCUCCUACAUCAUGGGCUGGAUCUACUUCGUCGCCUGGUCCGUGUCGUUCUACCCUCAAAUAUUUAUCAACUUCAAGAGGAAAAGUGUCGUCGGGCUCAACUUCGACUUCUUAGCACUUAACGUGAUGGGUUUCACCAUGUAUUCAUUGUUCAAUUGUGGGUUGUACUUCUCGCAGGAAAUACAGAAAGAAUACUUCAACCGUCAUCCUCGCAGCUUGAACCCAGUCCAGUUGAACGAUGUCUUCUUCUCCUUGCACGCUGCGUUCGCUACCCUUAUCACAAUCACUCAGUGCUUUUUGUAUGAGCGUGAUGAUCAACGGGUAUCGAUGAUAGGUCGCGGUAUAUUGACCACAUUUGGGUCCGUGGUCAUCAUUACAGCUAGUUUGGGCGCCGCUAACAAGAUCGCCUGGCUUGACUUCCUCUACUACUGCAGCUACAUCAAACUCUGCAUUACGCUUAUUAAAUAUGUUCCUCAGGCGUACAUGAACUACAAGCGCAAAUCGACUGAAGGUUGGAGUAUCGGCAACAUUUUCCUAGAUUUUGUCGGUGGUUUCCUCUCCAUCCUGCAGAUGACCCUCAACGCUUACAACUACAACGACUGGAUAUCAUUCUUCGGAGACGCUACUAAGUUCGGUCUAGGAUUAUUCAGUCUUAUCUUCGACAUAUUCUUCAUCUUGCAACACUACGUAUUCUACAGAGAGGGCAAGAAAUUUAUGAUUGUUGACGGUAGCGAGGAGGGUUCCAGCAUGAUGAGUUCCGGUGUUGGCAGUGAAUACUUUUUAGUUCGGACUUGGGAUGCCGAUGAGAAGAAAUAUGAUCUUGAGGCGAAGGCGUGACGCGUUAUUGCUGCUUCUAAUGCUGCCAUUUUUAAUUUAAUUUAUUUUUAUUUGUUUGACUCGAUUUUUAUAGUCCUAAGCAUUUCUUUAUUUAAGUUGAGUUUGCUGCUUUGGUUGGUUGAAAUAAAUACCUAUAUUAUAAUUUAAGUACUCGGAAACUGUUAAAUCAUAAAAUUAAAAAGAACGUUUUUAAAUAUAUUUUUUUGGUAAUUACAUUGUUUGAAAAAGAAUGUAAUUUCCAAAAAAAUGCGAUUUUACUUUUGACUACCAAAUAUUUUAAAUGCUUUAUUUGUAUACAUAUUUAUUAGCCAACGUAUGAUAUUAUUUCACUUUUUACAUGCCAUGGUAAUAAUUUGAUGGACUGAUCUGGAAUACCUAAUAUUUAUACUUCGCUGUUAUAUUUAUUUAUAAAAUAAUAAAAAUAAUUGUUAUUUGUUGGGAAUAUGAAAAAAAAAAAUAUGAAUUUUUUGAUUUUGUUAUAACGACAAUGUCAAUUAAUAAAUUAUCUGUGAUUAAGCCACACAUUUUAUAUUAAAAUGUGCGUCAUAUCAAUGCAUUUUAAUUUCAACCUCCAUCGACAAUGCAUUUAAAACAUAUCCCAUUCAAAAAACGUACCUUUUUUCCCCCUGAUCCUAUUAUUUGAAAAAUGCAGUUAGGUUAAAUUUAUAGGAUUUUUAUUUUAAGUUUACUCGAAAAUUAUUUUCGUAUCUUUAGUUGUGUAUUAUUAAAAUGUUAUUAUGCCGUGUAGAUUAUGUUUAGACAAUAAAUUAAUUCUGAUUU